UGUCAAAAAGGUUUUACAACGAGCGGGCAUUUGGCGAGGCAUAAUCGAAUUCAUACGGGCGAAAAGAACUUUCAUUGUCUGUAUCCCGGUUGCCCUAGCAAGUUUUCGCGUCAAGACAAUAUGAUGCAACAUUACAGAACUCAUCUAUCU